AUGGUGAGGCCCAUGGCGGCCGCGCUGCAGCGGCAGGCGUCGAUCAAGAUCGGCGAGGAGGGGCACGCGGAGGCGGUGUCGGCGCUGUACCCCAAGGAGCAGGGGAUGCUGCUCGUGGGCGUGUACGAGAUCCUGAAGCCCCCCGCGCAGCACACCAUCGCCAAGAGCCUGCACCGCAGCGGGGAGCAAGCCCCGAAGCCCAGGCUCCUGGCGCUGGUGUUGCGGCCCGAGACUGCUGGCGGAGCGGAAACGAGCCAGUACCGUGCUCGCCUGGACCUGUUCAAGUUCAGCACGCAAGGCGGAAAGACGCAGUAUGAUAUCGAGAAGUCGAUCACGCUGGCGAAUCUGACCAGUAUGUCGGUGAAGGAGGUUGCAUUUGCCAGCUCGCGGACCCAGCGCGCGCCGCCAUCACCGCCAUACAGCCGGCAGUACCUCAUCAGCCUCACGCUGGACUCGGGCAAGGCCCGCUCGUACUACUCCUCGCAGGAGAAGGGCAGCUUCGUCGCGAAGGACGAGACCAGCCGCUUGCGCCUGUGCUCGCUCAUCUUCAACGCCAUCAAGCUGCUCGAGGACCGCGAGACCUCCCUCCAGGGCAUCCACGCCGCAGAGAUGCAGUCCUGGUGGCGCCUCCACGAGGCCGACCCGGACGUCGCGGCCGUCCUCGCCGCCGCAUCCAAAGACGGCGUUGUCUCCGCGCAGGACGGCGAGACGGCGGCGGAGGAGGGCGCGGCGGGGGCGAUGGGCCGCGCGCUGCUGUCGGAGGACGAGGAGCGGGACCUGGAGGAGUUGAUGGGGGUGUUCGACAUGGGUGUCAGUUCCCUGGGGACCUUCCGGCAGCGCCUGCAGCAGGAGCUCGUGGCGCUGGAGGCCGCGAACGUGCACGCAACGCUCGAGGGCGGCGACCUGGCCUCGCGCGUGGCGCACACCAUCCAGGUCAGCGAGGGUUCGCUGGAAGACCUUGAACAGUGGCUGGGAAUCUUCAAUGUCAAGCUCAAGCACAUGCAGGGCGACGUGUCGACCAUCGAGGCGUGGAACAACCUCCUCGAAACGCAGUCCCAGAACCACCGCAAGCUCCUCGAACGCAUCUCCGAGCUCCUGAACAUCACAUCUUUCGACCAGCGGCAGCGCGCGAUGCUCACCGCCGCGCCCCUCGAGCCGCGGCUCGUCCCGGAGAUCGUCGCGGCGGGCUGGGAGCUCGACUCCGCGCUCCGGCGCUGCCGGCCGAACCCGGCGCUCGCGAAGAUCGGGCCGGGGGCGGAGGCGAACGCUGAGACGAGCAAGAAGGGGGGAGAGUCGAGUGGAGACCCCCCCGAGGGUCUCCCGCCCGAGCUCGCGCAGGUGGCAUUCAUACGGGAAUUUCGCUCGGACAUGGCCGCGGUGCGCGACGCGUUCGUGCACCGCGCUGCCGAGGCCGUGCGGGGCCGCGUGUCGGCGCUCGUCAACAUGGCGACGGCGCGGAUCAACGCGAAAGCCGCGCCGUCGAUCGGACGGAUCUUCGCCGACCUCAACAGCUUCGCGCCGCUGGUACCGCUCCUGACCACGCUGGACAGCAGCGUGUCCAUAUCCCUCCAGCACUCGGCCUGCGCGCAGCUCAACACCCUCCUGUGCACCUACCUCGCUGCGCUGACCGCCUCCCUGCGCGCGGCGUCCGAAGACCGCCCCCCCGCGGACUCCACGUCUGGCCAGCCCCCGCCCCCACAAGCCGCGGACCAGAGCACCGGCUUCCGCCUCGUGCCCUCCGCGCAACCUAUGCUGCAGCGGGUUGCGUCGCGCAAGGGCGCACAGCGCGACGACUGGGACGCCGCGGGCCUCCAGAGCAUGCCCGACGCCGCAGAUCUCCUCGGCGACGCGGACGACGGCGAACUCCACGCCACCGCGCUCCAGCAGGACGCGCUCGUUCACGGCGCUCUCGAGCGCUUCGUGCCGGACCUCCUGCUGUCGUGCCGAGGCGUGCUCGAGGUGUUCGGGAGCGCGAACGCUCACGACAAGGCCGCGGGCGAGACGCCGCGGGCAUCGCGGCGCGACACCGUGGACACGCACAGCGCCGAUGGGUCCCCGAUGCACUCUGGACGGUCUGCGACGAGCCCCGGGGGGCGGACGCCGUCGGAGCACGACCGCGCGCUGCUCACGGCGCUCACGCGCGGGCUACCGGACGAGAUGGGGCGCGCGCUGUCCAUUGCGGUCGCGCGCGACGCGCUGUCAGGGUUGGCGCUGGCUGCGACGUUCUCGCACUGGGCGCAGCGGCUCGAGGGCGACCGGGACGCGGAGGUCGUGCGGGACUUCGUGCAGAUCAGCGGCGUGGCGACGCGGCAGCUGCUGGAGCGCGCCGCGGCCGCGCAGGAGGCGAGUUUGGGCAAGGUGUUGCCGCCACGUACCAAGCAGGGACAGUCGCGGGUGCUUCCGGCGCUGGUGCGGUUCUUCGGGCUCGCGCGCCGGACGCUGUCGCUGCUGGACGAGCACGCGCAGGGCCGGACGGGGGCGGCCGGCGCGGGCCCGGGCUCGCCGUCGUCGCCGGGGGGGGGUUCGGGGCGCGCUGCGGAGGACUCCCCCGCGCUCCGGCCGCCCGUGAUCCGCGUGACGCUCGUGGGGGGCUCCGGCGUGUCCGCGCUCGAGCGGCUCGCGGCCGAGGCGUGGGUGUCGGCGCCGAGCGCCGGCGGCGGCGCGGCGGCGUCGCAGCGGCUGCGGGAGGGGCUUGGGCUGCCGCCAGGCAGCAGCGCACGGCGGGAGAAGUCGCUCGGACAGCUGCAGUUCGUCGCGUCGUUCACGGGGCUGUCGUCGCCGAACACGCCGCCGCGGCUGCUGGCGGACCGGAUCCUCGUGCGGCUCGCGGCCGCGGUGUUUACGUCGCUGGAACAGGCAGCCGCCGCUGACAAGAAACGCCAGGCUCGGAUCCGGCUCGAGAACUACGCCUUCGCGACGCGGCACCUCGAGGCGAUCGCGCAGUCGUCGGAGCCCUUCGACGGCGUCCUGCGCGCCUGCCGUGCUGUCGAGGACGCCUGUCAGCGCGACUACGUCGGCCACCUCAUGGACCGGGGCGGCUUCGCUCCCAUCGAGGCGAAGGCCCGCGGCCUCGAGGCUCUCGUCGCCGACGUCGGAGAGGCCGAGGUUGUCUUCUACCCCGGUAUGUCGUACGACGACGUCGUGGACGUCCUCGCACCCGCGCUGCGCGGCGCCGAGCGGCGGCUGCAGUCGCUGCGGGAGAAAGUGGAGCAGCAUCUCGAGACGUCGUCGCCGGCGCUGAUAGAGCGCGUGUGGGGCCAGCUGCGGGAGCGGUUGGUCGGGUGCGUGCGGCAGCUGGAGGACCUGGUGCAGCGGUGUCAUGGCGAGCAGCUGCGGCCGUCGCCGGAGGAGGUGGAGGAGCUUUUCCGCGCCGUGUGA